AUGCGCGAAUUGGAUUUUUUCCCAUUUUUUUAUAAAGAGGAAUCAAGCAGUACCAUAUCACAUUCUGCAUUAAUUGUUGUGUCGAUAUUUACAAAAAUAUGCAUAUAUAGCCUUAUUGAUGAAGAAAAGAAAGCCCCACUAAUCAGUGCAUUUGAUAAGCAUUUUUGCAUGUGAUACAAAAGCUUUGAGACAAAUAGUAUAAUCUCUGAAACUGCAGGGAAGAGAUUAGGAGUUAUCAGUGCAGGAGCUGGGCAUACUCUUUAA